CGCACUCUACAUAAGCGUUGAUUUGAGAUCUGCUCGCUUCAUGCCCAGAGCCUCAAACCAGCCGCAUCGCAUGCUCGCACCGAGAGUGCUUGUACUCUUAUGGAACCACGUCGUCAAUUGGCUGCUUUCAUAUCACUUUUUUUGUUGGUUGAGCUGCGCGCUAUGGCAAGAGACCUAUCGCCUUCGCUGUUGUUUCUCCUGCGCUGGCCGCCCCUCCAACUCGUUGAUCAUUCAUCGAGCCUCAGCGUUUUCUUCUCUACUGCGUAUUCCGUCCAACCGCUUCCACACGGCCCGCACUUCUUAGGUCAGCACCAGCUUUCAGCUCGUCCACGAACCUCCAUCCGCGGCGGGGGUUAUUAUCAGGCAGUGCUUUUCCCACUCGGCGCUUUCUUCUGCACUUCGCCUCCCUCCCACGGACUCGAGCGACAAGCGGUGCCACCGGUAUCCCAGCUCUCCCAAUCUCUUGCAACUACCUCGACUGCCUGUCGCGGUAGCAUUCGGUCAGAUAGCUCCUCACGAGGCUACGGUUACACAGAGCAACGAUUGGGCUGACUGAGAUCUCACCUGUCCAGUCACUGUCUACCCGAAAGUUGGACGUUCCUACAACGUCCUUCACUCCUCCACGACGAGUUCACAUCAGAACCACCCCGCAAAUUCAAAUACAGACGAGAGCGAAAGCAGUUUUUUCGACGAUUUCAAGGAUUUCAGAACCGCAAAAAUUUCCGCCGCAAAG